AUGACGAGCAGUGAAACGCUGGAGGAGGAGGGCGCAGAUAGCCCCGCUCGAGUGCCUGCCGAUUCUUUGAAGCCUCCACCGCCAGCAAAGCGCCGCCGCGUAAGCGAGUCUGCAGGCCCCGAAGCCGACAAUCAAAAGCCUCAGCGGCACAGCACAAGCGAUGAAUCCUCGGCGAACGCCGCAGGUGGUAGAGAUGAAGACGACCCAGUUGUGUCAGAACAGCUCGUGCUUCUCGACUUCCCUGAACUCGCGCACACGCGGUUCUUCGCUUCCGCGUAUGACAGUCAGGACAUCAUUGCGCCACUCCCUUUCCCCCGCAUUCCCCUUUCGCGCCCUGCGCCCGUCGCCGCAUCUGGACAGGGCUUUCCCAGCAGCGAAAGCGACCCAGCGAGUGGCGCCGUCUCACUCCCGGCUUCGUCCGCUGCGGACGACGCACAGGCCGUCUCGCCGCUGAGAAGCGCUCGACCAGAAGAAGCCGUGGAGCGCGCAGAAGUUCCGUGUGCCGCCGUGGCAGCUGCAGCCACGGUGCGCUCACUCCACAGGCGGGGGCGCUCGAGGCCAGAUCCCCAAGCCCGCGAUGCCUCGUCGGCUGCGAAGAAUGGCGUGAGCCAGUUGGGUCGCACGCCGUCGGCCCCCUGCCCUGGCUCGGCAACUCACGCUGCUUCGUCUAGCACUGGCUGCCCUCCAACUGCAUGCACAGUACGCCUUUUCGGCCUGACGAGGGAGCAGCCUCUCGCUUUAGUCGGCGACUGUUUUUCUUUCGUGGGCCGCCAUGUGCAGGACCCUCUGGAGACGGUUGUUCUUCUAGAAAAACCAACUGAGAGCAAGCCGCCGGGCGGCACGCCACAGACGCCAGUUGCGCAGCGGCAGCCUGCCUUGGUUAUGCAUGCCGGAGGCGGAGGAGGCGAUGGAGGCGCAAGAGGCAUCGCAGUAGAUCGCGCAGCGACAAGCGCAGAAGUGCACGGGAGGAAGAGCGGAAGACCGCAAAGCUGUGAAACCGAUGUUGUGGCGGGACUUGUUGGACGAAGCGUGGAGUUUGUAGUGGACAUACAGGCUUCUGCAGGUACUGCUGCUGCACUGAGUAGCUCACGCAAGGGAAUGUAG